GUUUAUUAUUAAGCUGGUUAAAGAGAGCUGUACAGCUCUUUCUGUUUAACAGAUCAGCACUGUUUCUUUCUCUUGUUCUGCAGUUUGUAAAGCCUGUCCACAGAACUGGGAGCUGUUCAAUGGCAAGUGUUACUACUUCUCCACUGAUAGAAUGAACUGGGACUCCAGCCGUGAUAACUGCAGAUCAUUGGGGGGGCACCUGGUGAUUGUAGAGAGCGAGAGAGAACAGCGAUUCCUAUCUGAUAAGGUCUGGAACAUCACACAAGAGGCUAAGAUAAUCCAUCUAGAAGAGCAAUCCCACUGGAUCGGCCUGACUGACGCUGUUACUGAAGGAGCUUGGCUCUGGGUGGACGGCACUCCUCUCAUUGGCAAUGUCCAAGCAAAAUUCUGGGCCACUAGGAGUGAUGGUGGUAAAGAGCCUGAUAACUAUAACAAUGAAAACUGUGCAGAACUACAACCCAGGAGGAAUGUCCAUGAGAUCUGGUUCGAUUCCUUGUGCAUAAAACAAUAUAAAAGGAUUUGUGAAACUAAGGCAGUGAUCGACUAAUAAGAGGACAAUCAGGAAAAAAGGAAACUAAGGUUACUGAACCACAAAGAGAGACUCGAAAAUAUAUGAAACUCAGUUCAGAUAGCAUCACAUAGCAUAAAGGUCACCCCCAACAUUACCAUAUUAACUGUUUGAUUCCCACAUUAUGAAAUAGCAGAGAUAAAAAAGAGCUGCUUGUGGUUUGUACUGAAUGUAGUCUGGCCUUGAGAACAGAAUUGCAUUGUUUGUUGUUGAGAAAUAAAACUGAAACAUUAAUACUCUCACAAUAUGAAAGUGCAGUCCAGAUAUAAAACUGAUCUCAGGUAGUUUAGCAAUGUGACCAGAGAGGUCAGUCUUUAUUUAAACCACUGCACACAUGCACCCAGGG